AUGCAUUGGUUAGUCCGAGGUAGGGCCGAAGUGCUCAAUAAGAUCAAUACAUCUGAUACCUCAACAAUUGACAAGUUAGACAAAGAUAGAGAUAAUACUCCCAACCGUCUCACCUCUGAUGAAAAAAUAUUUAGCAAUCAAGUUGCUACUCUUGCGAAUGAAGUGGUGAAGUUUAUUGAGGUCCCAGAUGGUACAAAACUGAAGAUAUUUUUUAAUUCAUCACAAGCAUGGUAUACUGGAGAUAUAAAACCCAGUAAUGGACCUCAAAAUUCUUCUGAUAAUUCCAAGAAAGAGGCGUGGUUUGAUGAAGAUAUGUUUUUCAAUGAGACGAAUUCCACUAAUGUGAACACUAUCACUUCAGAUAAUGAUGUGUAUUUUGGAGGAGUUGGAAAAAGAAAGGAAUGA